AUUGUUAUCAUGUAUAUAAGAUAUAGAUAUAAAUAUAUCUACAUUUACCUCACAGUCAUUUUAAUCAAGUGAUUCUACUUCACUGUGUUUAAAAAUGCGGAUUUUAAUUUUAAUAUUGCUUGUUGGAAUAACUAUCGGAGCCCCAGCAGUUUCUGAAGUCGGGCCAUGUGAAGUGUGCCAUUUACUAGUCGGGGAGGUCCAAGACCUUCUAACAACACAACAAACACAGGGUUCGAUAUCAAGCUAUGUCAACGACGCUUGCGCAAAGCUACCAUCAGAAGAAAAAGACGUCUGCAAUAGCUUUCUGAAAGAACAUUCAGGAAGUCUUUUCAACAAACUGAUAAAAGAUCUGACACCACACGAGUUUUGUCAAAGUCUGACAGACGUUUGUCCGUCAAAUAAUGAACAACCGGAACCGGAAGUUGAGCAAGAGGAAGAAACAGAAAAUCCAUCCGGCAACCCUCUAGAAUGUGAGCUAUGUAAACUGGCAGUUCUUGGUAUUGACAAAAUAAUCAAACAGAACAGAUCAUCAGCAGCUAUUAAUGAUACACUUGAAAAGUUCUGUAAUGAUCUUCCUGAUCAAAUAAAAGAUGUGUGUAUUAAGAUUGAACCCCUCAUUCUAAAGGGACUUACAAAUGGAUUUGAACCUGGAGUUGUUUGCAAGUUUGCGACGCUGUGUUCACGUACGUAUUUUGACAGUGAAAGUAUUUGUGCUUCACAGAAAUCUUGCUUAAAAGAAUCUGAAUUACAACGAAAACAGGAAUCUGAAUCUAAACCGGAAGUUAAAUGUUUAAACGUUGAGCCAGAUAUUCUUAAAGCAAUACUUGGUGGAAUAGAUCCAACCAAAGCUUGUGAUUUUCUGAAACUCUGUAAUGAUGGUGGAAAAGUUCCAAUCAGUUCACAAUACAUCCCAUGCGACGUCUGCAAGGAAACAUUGGAGUCCAUGGCAGGAGAGAUCGGUAUAGGAAUCUGCUAUCAGUUUAAAGAUGUAUGUGGUUAUGAAGAAACUCAGACUGAAAUGCACGAAAAUCUCAAGUUAAUUCCAAAAAUUGAUUAUACCCUGGAUGAAGAGGAAUCGGAAAAUUUGAAGGAGGAUGCCAAGUGCGAGAUUUGUAAAUACAUAAUUCAGUUACUGAACGAAGCAGUAGGAACGAAUGCAUCAAUUGCACAAGUCAACAAUACUCUGUUUGAAAUAUGCUCAUACCUACCGGACAAUAUAAAAAGUUUGUGUCCUUUGUUUAUACCAAGCCUUGAAAAAGCUCUUGCUGAUGGAUUGGACCCUACAAAUACAUGUAUUGCUUCGAACUUUUGUCAGAAAACAGAAUCAGCGUUUGUAUCUAUUGAAGACCUAAAAUGCACAGUUUGCGCACAAAUUGUCGAAACUCUCCCCGGGGUUGAAUCUUUUAGAGUGAAGAACGGUAUUUGUAACAAUGUUUGUCACAACAGACACCGUAGAUCAGCUGACACGGAAUCUUCACUACUCUAUCAGGCGGAAGAUGCUAUGAAGUCAGCAAAGUCUGGUUUGAAAGGACUGGCAGAAUGUGAAAUUUGCAAGGUUUUUAUCCGUUCACUUGAUGGGUUGGCUGGGGAAAAUGCCAGUAUUGAGACGGUGAACAACACAGUCUAUGAAAUAUGCACGCGUCUUACCGGAAUACAGCUACAGCAAGCGUGUCUACAAAAGGCUCCUGAACUAACUGUUAUUCUCAAGAAAGGUCUGGACCCAGAAAAGACUUGUGUAUCAGCAAAAUUCUGUACUGAACAUGAACAUGAAGUGAAAAUCCAGAAAAGAGCAGUACACGAAGAAGAGGAGUCUAUCCUGAUGAAAGCUAUCAGAGAGAAAGAGAGGCAUAAUGUUGGUGACGUGGCAUGCGACUUAUGUGAAGGAGUUAUAGAAAUCUUAGACAAUCUUCUAGAAGACAAUGCCACCGAUGAAAAGAUCAACCAGACAUUGUAUAAUCUGUGUAGUGGUCUACCUAGUGGAGCUUUCCAGGACCUGUGUAUGCAAAUAGUCCCAACAAUUAUGACGGCUGUAGAUAACGGUUUCGAUCCUCAAACAAUAUGUACAGAUGUUGGACUUUGUACGGGAAGAAGCAAGGUGGGAAGUAGGCUACCGUUGAGAAAGAAACAUAUGCCAGAAAAGAGUGUAAAUGAAAAUGAAGAAUCAAUCCUGCUUGACACCAUAGUUGCAAGACGGAUGGCACAACAAAGUGUGGGUGGUAUAGCAUGCGACUUAUGUGAAGGAGUUAUAGAAAUCUUAGACAAUCUUCUUGAAGAAAAUGCCACCGACGAAAAGAUCAACCAGACAUUGUACAAUCUGUGUAGUGGUCUACCUAGUGGAGCUUUCCAGGAUCUGUGCAUGCAAAUAAUCCCAACAAUUAUGACAGCUGUAGAAAACGGGUUCGAUCCUGAGACAGUAUGCACAGCUGCUGGACUCUGUACAGGAAAAAGUAAGUUAGUCAGCAAGAUGAGGAGUAUGACAUUGGAAAAGAAACAUUUGCACGAUGAAAAUAUCAACAACAAUGAAGAAUCAACACUGCUUGACACUAAUGUUGGUAAAGAAAACACACAGCGGAAUUUGAAAGAUUUGAAGUGUGAAGUGUGUAAAGCAGUCAUUGAAGAACUGGACAGUUUGGUCAAACAGAACGCAAGUAUUGAAAAGAUAAAUGAAACCCUUUAUGAUGUUUGCAACCAGCUUCCAGGUGCUUUACAAGAUUUGUGUCUACAAGCUGCCCCUCAAAUCCUUAAUGCCCUCAUGAAUGGAGUAGACCCAUCAGAAGCAUGCGGAUCUCUCGGUCUGUGCUCCAGUGAAGCAGGAAUUACAGAUACCACAGAGAAAAGUUUUGACAAUGUUGAAGAUGUGAAAUGUGAAAUAUGCACGCUGCUUGUUCAAGGCUUGGAUGAAAUUUUAAGAGGCAAUGCAAGUGUGGCACAAAUCAACGCAACUAUCUUUAACCUUUGUGGUGAUCUCCCUGGAAGCGCUAAAUCAUUUUGCGUUAUGGUUGCCCCGGUUAUAGUUAAAGAACUCCAAGGAGGUGCAGAUCCUAAAGUAGCAUGUGCAGUAUUGAAACUGUGUGCCAGUAAAGCUCCGGUCCAAGAGGAAAGUGCAAAAGACAAUGUUGGAGAUAUAAAAUGUGACAUUUGCGAAUUGAUCAUAAAAGAAAUUGACACUAUUGUUGGACAGAAUGCAUCUGCAGAAAAAAUUAAUGCCACUAUCUACAACUUAUGUAGUCAGCUACCAGGAACCGCUGCAAAAUAUUGUGUUAUGGUUGCACCAACAAUUGUCAAGGCUGUAGAAUCAGGAGUAGAUCCACAGUCGGCAUGUACAGUUCUAAAACUAUGUGACAACUCGGCUCCAGUCCAAAAGGAAAGUGCAAAUGACAAUGUUGGAGAUAUAAAAUGUGACAUUUGCGAAUUGAUCAUAAAAGAAAUUGACACUAUUGUUGGACAGAAUGCAUCCGCAGAAAAAAUUAAUGCCACUAUCUACAACUUAUGUAGUCAGCUACCAGGAACCGCUGCAAAAUAUUGUGUAAAGGUGGCGCCUACAAUUGUCAAGGCAGUAGAGUCGGGUGUAGAUCCGCAGUCGGCAUGUACAGCUCUUAAACUUUGUGACAGUUCAGCUCCAGUCCAAGAGGAAAGUGCAAAUGACAAUGUUGGUGAUAUAAAAUGUGACAUUUGCGAAUUGAUCAUAAAAGAAAUUGACACUAUUGUUGGACAGAAUGCAUCCGCAGAGAAAAUCAAUGCCACUAUCUACAACUUAUGUAGUCAGCUACCGGGAACCGCUGCAAAAUAUUGUGUAAAGGUGGCGCCGACAAUUGUCAAGGCAGUAGAGUCAGGGGUAGAUCCGCAGUCAGCAUGUACAGCUCUUAAACUUUGUGACAGUUCAGUCGGUCAAAGUACUAGUCCUAAUGACGUAGGAGACAUCAAAUGUGACAUUUGUGAGUUGAUCAUUAAAGAGCUCGACACUAUUGUUGGACAGAAUGCAUCUGCAGACAAGAUUAAUGCCACCAUCUACAAUUUGUGCAGUCAACUGCCUGGAACUGCUGCAAAAUAUUGUGUAAAGGUCGCACCAACUAUUAUUAAUGCUAUAAAAGCCGGAGUAGAUCCACAGGCGGCCUGUUCAGCUCUAAAUCUUUGUGCCAGUUCAGAUAAAGUGGUACAAAUUUCCAAAGAUGUAAGGGACAUCAAAUGUGAUAUUUGUGAGUUGAUCAUUAAAGAGGUCGACACUAUUGUUGGACAGAAUACAUCUGCAGAAAAGAUUAAUGCAACCAUCUACAAUUUGUGCAGUCAACUGCCUGGAACUGCUGCAAAAUAUUGUGUAAUGGUUGCACCAACUAUUAUAAAGGCUAUAGAAGCCGGAGUAGAUCCACAGGCGGCCUGUACAGCUCUAAAUCUUUGUGCCAGCUCAGCAAAAGUGGUACGAAUCUCUAAUGAUGUAGGGGACAUCAAAUGUGAUAUUUGCGAGUUGAUAAUACGGGAACUGGAUAAUAUUGUUGGAAACAAUGCCUCUGCAGACAAAAUCAAUGCCACUAUCUAUAAUUUAUGUAGCCAGUUACCAGGAACCGCAGCAAAAUAUUGUCAAAUGGUUGCACCUACCAUUGUGAAAGAAAUCGAGGGCGGGGUUGAUCCAGAGACAGCAUGUACAGUUUUGAAACUUUGUGAUGCAUCAGAAACACGCAAUAACGUUGGAGAUAUCAAAUGCGAGAUUUGUGAGCUUGCAGUUCGUAAGCUGGACGAGUUGAUUGGACAGAAUGCAUCAAAAGAUAAAAUAAAUUCAACGAUGUAUCAGAUAUGUAAUGACCUCUCUGGAACAUCUAAAAUAUAUUGUUUGCUGCUUGCUCCAGCAAUUGUCAAAGAGGUAGAAGCAGGGGCAGAUCCAAAUGAAGCAUGCAAAGAUCUCAAACUCUGUACAGGCACGUCUCCUGGCAAUGUCAAUGUUCAUCUAGAAGCAAGAAAUGGGCCAUUAGAUUGUGGCUUGUGUAUGCAAUCUCUGACAGCCGUUUUCGACAAUCUAUCAAGUGAUUAUGUGAAAGUUGAAAGGACGCUUCUUCACGUUUGCAGCUCAUUACCAGAAAUAUUCAAGAAACCGUGUGAAACCCUUGUGAAAAGUGAUAAUGGAAAGGCUUUUAAAAAGGUGAUGAGACGGUACACGCCGGUAUCCUUAUGUGAACUAGCAAACUGCCGGGAGAACGUAGGUUGGAGGUUGGGCAAUAAUUGAUCAUAGAAACUAACGUUAUUGAUAAAAUAUCAAGACAUAAAACAAUAAAAUCUUCCAAGUUAUUAAAUUUAUUCAAGCGGAUACUUAAUCUAAUGCUGUUACAAAAGUUUACGAUUUAUGUAAUAUGGUGAAAUAUUAUGACAUUGGUAGUCACGCGAUUAAUUCAAUAUGUUAUUUUUGAAUAGUUUUAAUAAGUAUAUAAGUGGGCAGUUUGGCUGAUGAUGUGCAAAACAAUUUUUGCUAUUUGUGUAAUACAUGAAAACGUUUUAUGUUAUACUAAAGUAAUUAAUAUGAAGUUAAUUCAGCUCACAUAGCAAAUUGUAUCAUGUUUCAUCAUGUAAAAUUAAUGAAGUAUACUGUAUCAUUACGUCAUUCGAUAAUAAAUUUGUCAUAAUACAAGAGAAA